AUGCUUCAGCAACAGUACCCCAGGCUCUUGAGCCGGCAGAUGAACGUGAAACUGGAGCGUCAACCGCGACUCACUACCAAUCCAAGUCGAAGUCAGAAGAGACCCCCUUCGACAAUGACGAAACAUUUCGCAUUGAUAUCGCACGCUACAGUGAAAAGAAAAUGGAGCCGUGGCCAGGAGCCUCGAAAUCGUUCGCUACAUGCUGUUGCAAGCAGGGCUCAUUCACAGUGGCAUAUAUCAGUUUCCUUUGAAGGCUCACUAUACUCGGACGGGGUGAACCGUGCUAGGGUGGAAAAACGCCGACAGGACCUUGAGGAUCUUUGUCGAUGCCUUGAUUUUGGCCGUCUGCGGCUCUUGGACGACACAGUGACACAGGUGUUUAUUCGUCGCGAGAAUGAUGCUACUCUCCCUUCUCAUGAGUAUAAUAUCGCCGUCACUGACCGCCGCCCUCUUCCAUUGAAAAGAUCACUACGUUCUGACAGCGAAUAUACCCCUGUUUUCACUCGGUUGUGGUUCUGUAUCCGAGAAGAUCCCUUUCACGUGCGCUUCCCGCUAUACCGUAGCGCUAUUGAUAUACCUACCAUAGAUCUGUUAGAGAUCCGCAGGACCUGCGAGCUGAGUCCUGGGGUGCACAAGGUCCACCUCGAGGGCGACAAACUGGAGUUAUUGUACGUGUAUAAGGAAGUUGACAGCCGACUAUACAUACCAAGAGACAGUCAAGUUUUGGAGCAGGAGCUGCAGAACUUGCAAUUGUUUCGUGGUGAAGAAGGAAUUGUGCAGAUCAUCGCUGCUGUGAUCUCCAAAAACCCAUACCAGACAACACCUGGAACAGAUUCCAGCAACCAAACUGUUCUACGGGGCAUCCUUCUUGAGUACCAUCCCAAGGGAACAUUGUUCGAUGCACUGCAAGGCACAUCACCCAAGCCAUGGGUAAAAUGGGCACUACAGAUUGCCCAUGGACUUGCUUGCCUUCAUCAGAGUGCAGUAACACAUAUGGAUCUAAAACCGUCAAAUGUUGUCAUUAGCGCAGACGGCAAUGCUGUGUUGAUCGAUAUCAGUGGAAUUGGAGGCACAACGCGAGAAUGGCUGGCGCCUGAGAUGCAUGAUGUAACAGACCCACUCUCUGAGAGUCUGAAAGCACGGAUACAGAAUGAUAUUUGGGCAUUUGGGCAAAUGUUAUCGGCAAUGGCCAAAAAUUCAUGCAACAGUGAGGAAGAGAAGCUACUCCGGCGUGUUGCAGUAGGUGCCAUGGCGAAUCCUUCCUCGCGCAGUUCUCUUCACGAUAUACUUUCCCAACUCAGCUCUAAAUAG